AGGGCGGAGGGGGGGAGGCGAGCAGAGGGGGCCGGAGCGGGCGGCGGCGGCCGCCGCGCCUCCCUAUGGCGAAGAAAACCUACGACCUGCUCUUCAAGCUGCUCCUCAUCGGGGACUCGGGGGUCGGCAAGACCUGCGUGCUCUUCCGCUUCUCCGACGAUGCCUUCAACACCACCUUCAUCUCCACCAUCGGGAUAGACUUCAAGAUUAAAACUGUUGAACUACAAGGAAAGAAGAUCAAGUUACAGAUAUGGGACACAGCUGGGCAGGAACGGUUUCACACCAUCACCACCUCCUAUUACAGAGGUGCCAUGGGGAUCAUGCUAGUAUAUGACAUCACCAAUGCCAAGAGCUUUGAAAACAUCAGCAAGUGGCUCAGAAACAUAGAUGAGCAUGCCAAUGAAGAUGUGGAGAGGAUGCUGUUAGGAAACAAGUGUGACAUGGAAGAUAAAAGAGUUGUCCCUAAAGCAAGAGGUGAACAGAUUGCUAGGGAGCAUGGAAUUAGGUUUUUCGAGACUAGUGCAAAAGCAAAUAUAAACAUCGAGAAGGCAUUCCUCACGUUAGCAGAAGACAUUCUUCGAAAGACCCCUGUAAAAGAGCCCAACAGUGAAAAUGUAGAUAUCAGCAGCGGAGGCGGGGUGACGGGCUGGAAGAGCAAGUGUUGCUGAACCUUCUCCUCUCUCACCAAUCGCCAUCCACCGCCCCCUUUUUUUUCUUGCUGCUAAAAGAAACCACUCUGCCCGUUUUUAACCUUAAACCCAAUGUUUUUUGUUCCUCAUCUUAACAAGCUCCUGCCUCCUUUUCUGGGUUUCCGUUUAGGACCGCUUGCGUACUCUCUUUAAUUUUGCCUCAACAACAUGUAUAGGAAAAUCAUCUCCAUGACUUCAUCUAUAUAUAUAUAUAUUUUUUGUUUUUUAAUGUACCUGCUCAAACUUACCACUACAUUUUGGUUGUAUUAUAGUCCCGUUCCUCCCGACAUUACAAAACACCCCACGUAGAAGCAAUCAUAUUUCAACUCUGCAAAUUGUAUAAGAAUAAAAGUUAGAAUUAACAAUUUCUUUUGUACCACAGUGGAAUUUUCUCUCCAUGGAUUAAAAAGCCCUGCUUGAGUCACCAUCUUCUCUUAGACCAGCCAGGAAAACACUCAUUUGUUGUUCUGUUUUUUUCGCCUUCGAGCCUGUGAAUGGGAGUUUAUUUUGUCCCGUGCCUUACGUGGAAAGGAACUUUUUGGUUUUCAUUUAAUUUUUUUUUUCCCCCCCUUUUGGUUGUUUUGGAGUUGUUGGGUGUGUGGUGUUUUCUUUGUUUCCUUCUGGCUGGAGGCAUGUGCAGGAGACAUCCCAUCCACCCCUGGCUAUUUCAAACCACCCAACGCCCUUCUCUCGCGAUUCGCUUUCUUGUACCCGUUGGUGUCGCGCAUCGAGGAACAAAGGGUGGUGGAAAACAAACAAAACACAAAACCCCAACCAACCUCCUCCAUUUAAUCUGCUGUGUCUCCUUUUUGGUGAUGGAGCCCUUCAGAACCCUCUUUUUUUUUGUGGUUGUUUGAAUUUUUUUUCCUUCCCUCACUCGCAGCUCUUUCCCUUUUUCGCCUGCAUGCUGCUGCUUUUCUUUGCCUUUCUCUCCGCCGUGGGUGUGAUGUGUUCGUUCGAAGGAUGGCAACGCGGUACGUCUGCCAAAGCAACAACAGCAACAACAACAACAACAAAAAGAACUUUUUAUAACACCAAGCACUGAUUUAGCUUUCAAAGCUAAAAAAAAAAUAUAUAUAUAUAUAAUGUGGAAGAUACUAAUUUCCCUCUAGCCGAUGUCAGUUCACUAGUUAUAUCCUCCCUCUCUCUUUCUCUCUCUCUCUCUCUCCUCCUGCAUAGCCAUCGGGUUUAUGACAUGGAAGAGUUCUUUGCAUGCACUAGUUUUCUAUGGAGGGUGAUGUGGUUGUCUACUUUGUGUGUGAAUAUAACCAUGCAGUGCUCAAACUGACAGCAGUUAAUGUGGAAUUCGCAGCUCUCUCUUACCAUUAGCUGCUCCGAGGUGGUCGGUAGCCCAGCGAAAGGUUGAGUGAAACAGGAUUUAAGGAGAAAAACAAACAACAAACCAAAACCAAACCCGACCAACAAGUUGGCAGUUUAAUUUAUUACCACCUUCUGGAUGCUCUCCAUUCUUAGUGCUAAAAGCUGAGUCACUGGUACUUGGGGUCAGUCCUGCUCUUGCUCCUGCGCUGUGGGAUCGUAGUGAGUGAUCCCAGCUGGGCUGCUGAGCUCCGCUGGGAUUAACUUGCUUUGUCAGCUGUGUCACGGCCAGGCUCUGGUGUCCUUGACAGCAUGGGCUGGCCCCAGUGGCCCUCACAACAUGACUAUAGUGUGCCUACUGGUGUGGCCCCGUUGUCCUUGACAGCUUGGCCCUGGUACCCCUGAUGGCUCUGUUUCUGGAAGGCCAGGGUUUGAGGACUGACUCUGACCACGCUGCCUGCUCCUUCUGAACCGGGUGCUGGAUCUGCCAGAGCAUUUCUCCCUUCUCUUGCCUUGCAUUUCAAGUCCCGUGUAGGAGAGUUGCUCCAGCCAAGGACAAAACGAUGUUUUAAAUAGACGCUUCUUCCUCCUCACGCCUCCAAUUCUCCUUUGAAGCUGGACGAGCCUGUGCCUCGCUCUUGUCCUCUUGGCUUUUGAACUGUCUCGGGUGAAUCAUUGAAGUAGUCGAUAACGCUGAUUGAAUUUUAAUGAAAUGACGGUGUUUUAGCGUUGAGCAAACGGCUUCCCCCGUGUAGUAACCCGAGCGAGGUGUCUCCCUGCCCCUCUGUAUUUUGGCAGUUUGUCUCCCCUGUGUGUUUUAUCCCUUCCCAGUCGAGUGGCCCUUGGGGGUUGGGACCGGCGGAUUAAAUCGGCCCUGUCGCGUUGCUCCCGUCUCCGCCGGUCGGUGUGUAAAUAGAGUCUGGCUGCCUUUGGCUAAACCUGCACUUUCUAACCUCAUCAAAAAGGGAAAAAGAGAAAAAAAAAGAAAAAAGGAGAAGAUUAACAUCAAGGUGUUGGUUUUGGUUUUUUUUUUUUUGUAUAAUCCUUGUUUUAAACGUGAGCUUUUUAUUUGCUUCCAGAGUCUCAGCUCCCUCUGUAAACUCCCUCGGGAUCCUUUGUAGACGCUGUGUUCAUUGCGAGCCAACAGGCAGAGGACAGGCCACUCACUGGUCCUAAUCCUGCCCUUUCGUAUUCUCCUUGCCCACUUAAUAAACUGAACUAUUUCUUA